UUCCCAGAUCGAAACAGACUGGGAGAAUUCCCACUAUUCCACCUGUAUUCCCGACGGGAUAACCGUUCUGCGUAUUCCAGGCGGGAGAACCGCGUUUGCAGCAUGGCAAUGGAAUGCAUCAAUAACUGCUGCAAAAGCUUCCUAGGCAAUGACAAGGCAAUCAAACAGCCAGUGAUAACGGUGAAGAUGUCUCCUGCCAGAGCCAUCUCAGGUGACCUCAGGAAGAGUAUAGGGGUAUCGGAGGACUAUCUCCUCUCUAAACUCCCACCGGGUGGGAAAGACGUUCCAUUUGUCAUCCCCACGUUCAAACCUUCCUACAUCCAACCGCCAGACUCACGUUACCUCGGCUACCAGACACCGUGGCUACACACCAGUAGCACCUAUGCAGAGAGGAAGGCUGAGCUGUCAGGGGCCAAUCACAUCAUCUAUAACCCUGACUCCUCCCCCAACAUGUGUCCCAGGACAACACCACACAGCACCCUGAAAAAGACUCCCCGUGGAUCAGGUGGGAAUAUGAAGACUGGAAGACAGAGUCUGAGCAAAUCCAUGUUUGAUCUGUCCAACUCCAGCCACAUACAGUGUUAUGACAGCAGUGCUUCAUCCUCCAAGAGGGACUCCCUGGAGAGCAGCCGUAGUCUUGAGUCCAUCACGUUGUCAGGCGAUGAGAGGGAGCAGAGAGAGCUGGGGAAGGUGUGUGUCCGGCUGAAUUACCAGGAGGCCCAGGAGCAGGUGUGGAUCACGUUGGUACAGUGUAAGGAUGUGUCCCUCGCUCAGAACAGCAGUAAGCAGCAGAAGAUUAGCUUUAAAGGCAUCAUCACUAUGAGCAAACCGGUACAGUUCAAGAGCUCCGUCAAGGAAGGUUCUCCGGACACAGUCUUCAUGGAGACCUUUGUGUUUACGUUGCGACUGCAGCAGCUGCGUUGCUGUGCUCUGGUAUUCCGUCUGCAGACCCAUCACCCCAGGAAGAGGACGGUGGCAGAGUGUGUCCUCUCCCUCAGACAGCUGGGCCCUGAGGAGACACAGCACUGGAUGGAGCUCAGCCCCUCCUCCAAGACCACAGUGUGUCACGCUGAGCUGCACCUGGCCACCUGCUUCCAGCCUGUUAACGGACGUAUCCAACUGCAGGUCCUCGCUGCCCAGAACCUCCCUGUUCCACUCAGCCAGGCGUUCUUUGUGAAGGUAGAGAUGCACCUGCCGGGCAGGAUGGUGAUGAAGAAGAAGACUCACGCCCUGAAGUCCUCCGGAGGUCAGCUGACCUGGACUGAGUCUUUCUACUUCCCCUUAUCUCUGGACCAGGACUUCCUGCUGUCAGUCAAAUUCUACAGCCGCAGUCAUGUCAGACGGAAACGCUACCUAGGACAGGUUCACCUUGGCUUCGACAGCCCGACACAGGAAGCAGCGGAGCAAUGGAGGGACACCAUGUCUCACCCUGAGAAGGUGGUGGCUGUAUGGCACAGACUCAACGGAUUCUGACACACCUGUAUAAAUUCACACAGUGUCCCUAAAGGAGUUGACAGCCUCACCUGUACCGCCACCCAGUGGUGUAAAGUACUUAAGUAAUAAUACUUUAAAGUACUACAUGAGACGUUUUUGAAGGUAUCUGUACUUUACUUUACUAUUUAUAUGUUUGCCAACUUUUACUUUUACUUCACUACAUUCCUAAAGAAAAUAAUGACCUUGUAUUAUUUUGUAAAUAAAGUAUCUAACACAUUUA